UCGGCCAGUUUGGCUUUGACUCCCCCUCCGCUCGCCGGGGCUUCCCUACAGAGAGGAAGGCGGGAGGAGCGCUGCGCGGUGAAGCUGCACCAUGGCUGGGAUUGCCGCUAAAUUAGCCAAAGACAGGCAGAUCGCGCAAGGGCUGGGCUCCAACUCCAAAGCCGUGAAGUACUUGAACCAGGACUUUCACACCCUGAGGAACGAGUGUCUGGAGGCGGGCAAGCUCUUUCAAGACCCGUCUUUCCCCGCCGCCGCGCCUUCUCUGGGCUACGAAGAACUAGGGCCAAACUCGCACAAAACAAAAGGCAUCGUCUGGAAGAGGCCGACGGAAUUGUGUUCCAAACCUCAGUUUAUUAUUGAAGGUGCCACCCGGACUGAUAUCUGCCAAGGGGCUUUAGGAGACUGUUGGCUUCUAGCAGCCAUUGCUUCUCUCACCUUGAAUGAAGAAAUUUUGGCUCGGGUGGUUCCCAGUGAUCAAAGUUUCCAAGACAGUUAUGCAGGAAUCUUCCACUUCCAGUUCUGGCAGUAUGGAGAGUGGACAGAUGUUGUUGUUGAUGAUCGAUUGCCAACCAAAAAUGGAGACCUACUUUUUGUUCACUCAGCAGAGAAAAAUGAAUUCUGGAGUGCCCUACUGGAGAAGGCCUAUGCCAAGGUGAAUGGUUCCUAUGAAGGUCUUUCAGGGGGGAGCACUACUGAGGGCUUUGAAGACUUCACUGGUGGAAUUGCAGAGUGGUAUGAGCUGCAGAAAGCACCACCAAACUUGUUCAAAAUAAUCCAGAAAGCUCUUCAGAAAGGUUCCCUUCUUGGGUGUUCUAUUGAUAUCACAAAUGCUGCUGAGACUGAGGCAGUCACAACCCAGAAGCUGGUCAAAGGGCAUGCAUACUCUGUCACAGGAGCUGAAGAGGUGAAUUUCCGAGGCAGUAUUCAGAAACUGAUCCGGAUCCGAAAUCCCUGGGGAGAAGUUGAAUGGACUGGAAAAUGGAAUGAUAAAUGCCCAAACUGGAAUGGUAUUGAUCCAAAAGUGAAAGAGAGCUUGACCAGACAGCAUGAAGAUGGAGAAUUUUGGAUGUCAUUUAGUGAUUUCCUGAGGCAUUAUUCUCGUCUUGAGAUCUGUAAUUUGACUCCAGAUACUCUGGCCACUGACAAAUAUAAAAAAUGGAGGUUGAACUUGAUAGAUGGAAACUGGAGAAAAGGUUCCACGGCUGGUGGAUGCCGAAAUUAUCCUAAUACGUUUUGGACGAACCCACAAUAUUUGAUUAAACUUGAGGAAGAAGAUGAGGAUCCAGAUGACCCAGAAAGAGGUUGUACCUUCUUGGUUGGUUUGAUUCAGAAACACCGUCGGAAGCAGAGGAAGAUGGGAGAGGAUAUGCACACAAUUGGCUUUGCAAUCUAUGAGGUGCCUGAACAGCUUUCUGCCCAAAAGAAGGUCCAUCUGAGCAAAAACUACUUUCUCACAAACUGAGCAAGAGAACGAUCCAAUACAUUUAUCAAUCUUCGGGAGGUGUUAAAUCGAUUCAAGCUUCCCCCAGGAGAGUAUAUUAUUGUGCCAUCCACCUUUGAACCCAACAAGAAUGGGGACUUCUGCCUCAGGGUUUUUUCUGAAAAAAAAGCUGAAUCACAAGUUGUUGAUGAUGAAAUUGAGGCCAAUAUUGAAGAGAAAGAACUCACUGAAGAUGAAAUUGAACCCAAUUUUAAGAAAUUAUUUAAACAAUUAGCUGGAGAGGAUGCUGAGAUCUCAGCCUUUGAACUGUGUAAUAUUCUGAAAAAAAUCUUAGCAAAACGUCAAGAUAUUAAAUCUGACGGCUUUAGUAUUGAAACUUGCAAAAUCAUGGUUGAUCUAUUAGAUACUGAUGGAAGUGGUAAACUGGGGCUGAAAGAAUUCCACAUACUUUGGACAAAGAUCCAGAAAUACCAGCAAAUUUAUCGGGAUAUGGAUGUAGAUCGUUCUGGCACCAUGAAUUCCUAUGAGAUGCGAAAAGCCUUGGAGCAAGCAGGAUUUAAGUUGGAUUGCCAAUUGCAUCAAGUCAUUGUGGCCCGUUUUGCUGAUGAGCAGCUGAUCAUUGAUUUUGAUAACUUUGUUAGGUGCUUGAUUCGACUGGAGACUUUGUUCAAGAUAUUUAAGAAACUGGAUACUGAGAAAACAGGAACAAUACAGAUGAAUCUUGACACUUGGUUGUGCUUUACUACCAUAUGAGAAAGCAAUGAAAAAAUGGCAAAAAGUUCUCUUGGGAAUAAACAUGGAACAUAUUUAAUAAGGGCUUAUUAUACAUCUUGUACUUAACUGUGAAGCUGCUAAAGGAGAGUAUUGAAAAAACAAAGCAACUGCCAAAUAAUCUUAAUAUAUUAACUGUAACUUUUUUUGUAAUUCUAUAGUAUUUGCUUAAAGUCUUCCAGGUUUGCCAUAAGGUAGAUUUCUGGGAGUGGUUAUCCUAUUAUUUCUAAGAGUAUUGAGAAUGGCUGCAUUUUCUAUUAAAAAUUAGCUUUGUAUUACAGAUUAUCUUAACCAACUGAAAUCUGAUUCACUGGUAAAGAAUGCUUUUGCCACUCAAAUAAAAGAUAGUUCAUAAUGCUCUCAGAUCAGAUUUCCUUUUCUCUUUCCUAUUUCUUAAGAUUUUUUUAAAAAAAUCUAGCAGUUGAAUAUACGUUAGUUAUAAAGUGUCACAUUAUGUGACCACAUCACUUAGCACAAGCAAUCCUUUUGAUAUUGUUAAUUUAAUUCCACUAGCUACUAGGUGAAGAAUUACCCUGAUCCAAGUCAUUCCCAGCCUGGUCCCUUCCAACCCUGAGCUUUGGUAAGGCAAAGGACUGCUUGCUCUGGAACUCCUCCCACCCACCUAUCUCCUUACCAUCUGUGCCCUUUUGACCACUCUGCACAGCAGCAUUCCUGGCAGCAGUGAUGGACCUUCAGCAGCCUCAGCUAAUCACCAUUGCCCCCCCCCUCUACUUCAGCCCCAGUGCCACUGUUGGGGGGUACUACCUCAAGCUGUGACCAGCCACAAGGUACAAAGCCCAGGCCGCCUUGUGCUCUGCAGGCCCUGCUGAUCUUUGGCCACCUUCCUCCUGCAGCUGACCAGGUAUGCCCGGUCUGACCCCAUGCAAGAAAACUGCUGCCUGUGCCUUCUUUCUGAGCCUGUGCACACUGUUCUGGAGGUGGAUGGAACUGAAGCACUCCUGUUGUUAUAAGAGGGGCAGGCUGCCAAAUGCCCAAAUUUUGAUCAUGUGAUCAUAGGGAUGCUGCAAUGGCUGUAACUUCGGGUUCUGGACAUCAAUACCAUUCACUCAUUGCCACUGUAACUUCAAAUGAUUGUUAAACAAGGACUAUAACUAUAACACAGUGUUUAUUUAGUUAAUGAUUAAUCUUCUAGUAUAAGAAUGCAUUUUCUGGAUAUGGAUAUUCCCAUAAAGAGGCUUAUAGAAUACACAUGUGUGUAUACACACAAUUGUUGUACAAAGUUAUCAGACUUCAUCUUUGACACUGCCAACACAUAUUUUUGUCUCUAAAGCUUAAUGAAAAGUUGAAUGUCCAAAGGAGUAAGGGCCACAGGAUGCUUGAUGCAGCUGGGUAGAUUACCAUAAUUCAGGAAGAUAUGCACUUGUCAAUAAUAGAUAUAAAAGCAAUUUUAAAAUAAA